CAAAACAAAGCUCAAUCAGAUUUUGGGAAUUCGAAAACGGCCAGAUAAAAAUGAUCUUUCAGGCCUUAACAACAUAGUAUGACCUCAAAUAUAGAAGCAGCGUCUCCGGCCGAUAAAUCUUGUUAUUAUCAGAGAUCUUCACAAGGAAUCCCUAAAUUUCAUCACAACCAAAGGAAAAGAUCUAGAAGGCUAUGUAAUCAGGUUAAUAGAGAUAAGAGAAGGAAGAUACACCAUUGAACGCUUACUCCCAACAAUCUUUAGGCCUAAAGACUUUUAAUGAUCCUUCGACGGCGCACCGAUAGCUUUUUCCGAUAUAUCCAGAGAUGGUUAUUGUCGCUGGCGAAGAUGUUGAUGGUAGAGUAGGACUCGAGUAGAGAAUCCACAUACAGAGGACUUGGAAGAUAAAAGGAUCUUCUUCUUCGCCGGUGAGGACGAGAUGGAUAUGAAAGAGAAGAGGCGAUCAUGGCGUAAGCUUUGGAGGAGAGGAGAUUGUGAUUCCGUAAGGCCUUGAGCCUUUUUAUGGCCUAUAAGAAAGAAAAUCAUUUUGUAUCGUUACGGUAAAUGGAAUCGGUAUCGUCUUGAGAAGGAAUCUGAAUGGACUUUUUAGGAAAUUUAUUGCCGAGAAUGAUACACACACUCGUGUUGCUUUAUUUCAGUGACAUAAUGAAAAAGAAAGAUUUCAUUGCGACUAAGCUGAGGUGGCAUAUUUUGUUGUUUUCAUUGGCUGAUUUUUUCAGCUGACGUGGACACGCUUAGAGGGUUUGAUAUCCUGUUUUUAAUAUUGUUAGAUAGAUCUAAGAAAUUAAAAAAUUAUUCAUUCAUUUAAUUAAUAUACAAAUACUAAUUAGUAUUUGUCUCAACGAUUCCACAUACGUUUCUCUUUAAACUCCAAUCAUGUCUCUCUUCACGUCUUUCUUAAGUUGCUUUGUUCCAAAAUCCAGCUCAAGGAUUAGUUCAAUCAAUGGUAGUAUCCCGAAAGGCUUGUCGUUGGAGAAGCCAAAAAGCAAAUCUGAAUCUCUUAGAGCUCCAAUCAUUGUAUCUUAUUUCCCUGUGCCCGUGGCUUCAAUGCUUUCGCGUUUGUAAGAAGUGUGGGAAGGUCAUUGGCAUAUUUGUUGUCAUCAGUACCGGCCCUGGGUAGAAGCGGGAGAAGCAUAGGCUUCCGGCCCGGUUUAUAAUAAGUAAAAUUUCGGCCGUGUUGAGCAUAAAAGUUUCAGUAGCGGAGUUGGUAAACUUUGAAAUUCUGCUUAUCAAAGCCCACAUUUUCUACGGACCGGUACUGGUUGUCAUGUGAGACUUUUUGUUUUAUUCCUUUUGUUUGGUUAUUUGCAAAUUGUAAUGGACCACCUACCUAGGUUUGAUAACAUCAUAUUUAGGUCUGGCAACAAAAUUAUAUGCUUUGUAUUCAAUCCAAAUAAAAAUUAAUAACGUUUACAUAUUUUGUAUAAUUUAAUCAAUCUUAGGAGGAUCAAGAGUGUGAAUCCAGAGAUAAGUUUUCUAGAGGGGACUUUUAGAAUGGUCCUGGGCAUGAAUAGUUCUUAAGAUAUACAGCAGUAUUAUGUUAGUAGGAUAAGAAUUGCGCCUUGCACAUAAUAAAUUUAUAUAAAAAUUAUUUAAAAAAUAUUAUACGGAAAAAUAAAUUUAUAUUCUUGAUUGAAUUAAUAUUUUGGU